AUGAGCGCGAUAGUGAAUGCGGCCGCCGAUGUGCUGUCGGGGACGGCCAUCGCCGCUGCUGCCGGAUCGCAGGUAGCCUGGUUCAUCCCGAUGCUGGUGGCAGCUAUAGCGUACUACCAGUUCGACGCGACGGACCCUGAAGGCAGGCCUGCAGACAUCGGCGAUGAUCGCAUGCUGCCGGACUAUGACUUCAUCAUCGUUGGAGCUGGAUCAGCUGGUGCAGUGGUAGCAAACCGGCUAUCAGAAAUCGGUCACUGGAAGAUUCUACUCUUGGAAGCUGGUGGAGAUGAAACGGAGAUAUCUGACGUGCCUCUAUUGGCUGGUUACCUGCAGCUUAGCAAACUGGACUGGCAGUAUAAAACUGAACCCUCGGGAACCAGUUGUCUAGCUAUGGAGGGCGGCAGAUGCAACUGGCCCCGUGGAAAGGUGCUAGGAGGCAGUUCAGUCCUGAACUACAUGCUAUACUUACGAGGAAACCGAAGAGACUACGACUCCUGGGAAGCGAUGGGCAACGAAGGCUGGGGCUACAAGGAUGUUCUCUAUUACUUCAAGAAGUCUGAAGAUAAUAGGAAUCCUUCUUUAGCCAAUACGCCAUAUCACAGUACUGGAGGAUAUUUGACAGUUUCUGAAGCACCAUAUCAUACACCACUAGUUUCAAGUUUCGUUGAUGGAGGUGUAGAACUAGGGUACAUGAAUAGAGACAUAAAUGGAGAGAACCAAACAGGUUUCAUGGAAGCACAAGGAACCAUCCGUCGUGGCAGCCGCUGUUCUACCGCCAAAGCAUUUCUGAGAUCAGCAAAAGAUCGACCCAACCUUCACAUUUCAAUGUAUUCUCACGUUACUAAAGUUAUGAUAGACCCCAGAACGAGGGUUGCUUUUGGUGUUGAGUUUGUUAGAAACAAAAUGAUAUACCGCAUCCGAGCUCGGAAGGAGGUAAUUCUGUCAGCUGGAACUAUUAAUUCCGCGCAGUUACUUAUGUUGUCCGGGAUAGGCCCUGCAGAGGAACUGCAUAAACAUAAGAUACCUUUGAUUCAGAAUUUGAAAGUUGGAAGGAACUUACAGGAUCACAUUGGACUGGGCGGAUUAGCUUUUAUGGUGAACCAACCUAUUUCUAUUGUAGAACAUCGUCUUUAUACUGUUACCUCACUCAUGGACUACGCUAUGUUUGGAGAAGGUCCCUUGACUAUCAUGGGUGGAGUCGAAGGCUUAGCUUUUGUUAAUACUAAAUAUGUAAACGCUUCGGACAACUUCCCAGAUAUUGAAUUUCAUUUCAUUUCUGGAUCUACAAAUUCGGAUGGCGGAGAACAAAUUAGUAAGAUACAUGGACUGGUAGAUACGUUUUAUGAUGCUGUGUUUAGACCUAUAAACAAUAUGGAUGUUUGGAGUAUCAUUCCUAUGUUACUACGACCACGAAGCAAAGGCUUCAUACAACUGCGAAGUGCAAACCCUUACGACUACCCUUAUAUUUAUCCAAACUAUCUAUCUGAUGAAUUGGAUGUAAAAACUUUAGUUGAAGGAGUGAAAAUCGCUGUAGCACUAUCUAGGACGAGAGCGUUUCAAAAAUACGGCUCCACUUUAAACAAGCAUGUGUUUCCAGCUUGUGUGAGUAUCAAAAGGUACUCAGACGCAUAUUGGGAGUGCAUGAUCAGACAAUACACUUGUACUAUCUACCAUCCUGUGGGAACAGCAAAGAUGGGACCUUACUGGGAUCCAGACGCAGUCGUGGACAAUCAGCUGAGAGUGUAUGGGGUCAAAGGUCUACGAGUCAUAGACGGCAGUAUUAUGCCUAACAUAGUAAGCGGGAACACUAAUGCUCCUAUUAUUAUGAUUGGGGAGAAAGGCAGUGACAUGAUCAAAGAGUUCUGGUUAAAACGACGAAGUUCCAGAUAUUACAUUUGAUUGACGUACAAAAUUAGUAUUUAUCAGUAUUACUUGCGUGUGAAGUGUUGUAAAUAUUUCGAGUCAUGAUCAAGUUGUGAAAUUAUUUAUUUUCUAUUUAUUGAUGGCGCUCAAUUGUAAUUUAUUUAAUUAAGGAUA